AUGUCUGAGCAACUGGAAUACUUCAGAGAGUAUAAAAGCAAACUGGAGCUAGCUAUUGGAAAGAGAGGAACCAAAAACCUCAUUAACAAGGCUGGGUUCAUUGUUAGCGCCGGUACAAACGAUUUUGUGGUCAAUUAUUUUGGCACACCGAUUCGUCGGCAAAGCUACACUGUCUCUGGCUACCAGCAAUUUUUGAUGCAACAUGUCCAACAGUUCAUACAGGGUUUGCUGAAUGAGGGGGCUAAGAAGAUAGGCAUAGUUGGGCUACCUCCAAUGGGUUGCUUGCCUGGGGUCAUCACCCUUUAUUCAAACACUUUUCAUCAACGUGAGUGUGUCGAGACAUUAUCAUCCAUCGCCAGAGAUUACAAUCAAAUGCUCCAGAAAGAGUUGAAGGCAUUGCAAAAUGGUCUAACUCAGAUAUUUUAUGUAGACAUAGACCAACCACUGAGGGACAUGAUUCAACGGCACACAAGUUUUGGUUUUGAAGAGGUUAGCACUGGUUGUUGUGGGAGCGGAUUAUUUGAAACUUCAUUUACCUGCAACUUGGAAUCAAAUGUUUGUGAAGAUGCUUCCAAGUACGUAUUCUGGGAUUCAAUACACCCAACUGAAGCAGCAUACUACAUUAUCUUUGAGGCCAUACGACCCACCAUUGAUAUUGCCAUCAAAUAA